CCAAGGUGGUGUUGGUUGUGCUUCUCUUCUGCUGUACAAGAGCCACCGCGUCCGAUUGACGGCAAGAAGCACUCUCGCUUCUCAUCGCCUUUGUCUUGCUGUCUGUUGCUUUGACAACCCAGCGUUCCUCGUCAAUAUGCGUGCCACCGCCUCCAUUGCGGCACUCGCCUUCGCGCUGCUGCAAGGCGCAGAUGCCUUUAACGCGGCCAAGUCUCGCGACUUUAACUUGCUCGCGGACAUGGGCUUCAACCCUGAUGGCUCGUCCAUCGAGACUGCGGUUGCAGAGAACAUUGCCAGGAGCCUCCACAUCGGUACCACGGUCAAGGGCUCGUCUGUCGACCUGACCACCAGGCAAGCCCCAGAGACGAUCGCCGAGGAGUUCGUUUCUCUGAAGCUGGACCACUUUGGCAAGAACAAGGACGUUUUCAACAACCGCUUCUGGGUUGCUGAGUCUGGAUACAAAGCUGGCGGCCCGGUCUUCAUUUAUGAUGUGGGUGAGGCGGAUGCCAGUGGCAGCUGGAAGUUCAGGCUGCAGAAUGAGACCAGCUUCUUCAAGCAGAUCGUGGACCAGUUUGGUGGUGUUGGAAUUGUGUGGGAGCACCGAUUCUACGGCAAGUCGACACCUGCGCCGAUCAACCUUGACACCCCGGCGGAGACUUUCAGAUACCACACUACUGAGCAGUCUCUGGCCGAUGUUGAUCAGUUCGCCAAGCAAUUCAAGAGGCAGAACAUCAACGCCACCUUGACUCCCGACAAGACCCCCUGGAUCUUCAUCGGUGGUUCGUACCCGGCCAUGCGUGCUGCUUUCAUCCGCGACAAGUACCCGGACACCAUCUACGCCGGCUACGCUUCGUCUGCCCCUGUCGAAGCCAGCGUUGAUCAGUCAUUCUACUUCGAGCCCGUCUACCGCGGAAUGAACAGGUACGGCUUCGGCAACUGCACCCAGGACAUCAAGGCCGCCAUCAAGUACAUCGACCACACCUUCGACACCAACCCCGCCGCAUCAGCCAAGCUCAAGGAGCAGUUCCUCGGCAAGGGCGCAGCUGCAAACUCCCACGCCACCUUCGCCGACGCGCUCACCACCAUCUUCUACCUGUGGCAAUCCUACGGCGUAGAUGGCGGCGCCGGCGGCCUGCGCAACUUCUGCGACUGGAUCGAGACCGACCCGGCCACCAACGCCACAGCCCCUGCUUCCGGAUGGGCAGCCGUCAAAGGCGCGAAAUCCGUCGUCGACCGCUGGGCCGCCUGGAAGACCUUCACGCCCCUUGUCAACAGCUACCUCGAGACCACGUGCCCCGGCACCUCCAACGCAACCUCGGCCUGCGACCUGAACAAGCGCUUCAGCGACCCGGCGAGCAUCUCCUGGACGUGGCAGUACUGCACGCAGUGGGGCUACUUCCAAGCCGCGAACCUCGGCCCCAACCAGGUCGUGUCCAAAUUCAACUCGCUCACGCACCAGCGCGACAUCUGCCACCGCCAGUUCCCCAACGCGCCGCGCAGCCUGCUGCCCGAGUGGCCCGCCACCGACAAGACGAAUAAGGUCUUCGGCGGCUGGGACAUCCGCCCCAGCAACGUGUACUGGUCCGGCGGCGAGUUCGAUCCCUGGCGCACCCUGAGCCCGCUCAGCGCCGAGCCGUUUGCGCCCAAGGUCCAUGCGUUCACCGACGCGCCCAAGUGCGGUAAAGAGACGAGCAAGAAGGAGGUCUUCGGCUACACGAUGAAGGAUGCCCAGCAUUGCUAUGAUUUCAGAACGUAUUUUGCGCCCGGCGCGGUCAGUCGGAAGUACUUCACCGAUGCGCUGAGUGGGUGGCUCAAGUGCUUUAAACCCAAGGGCGGGUAUGGGUAUGCGAGGAGGUGGGAUGCUUAGGGCGGGUUUGAGCAGGGUUGGGCGAGGGAGGGG